GUGGACCGGGAGGCUCGAGUAUUACUCCUGCGCCGCCUGCCCACGGGGGGCUCCACCACCCUCACCUCGGCCUCACUAGCCCGCCAACCCAACUCGGCGGCUCCUCCGCGAGCCUGCCGGGAACUCGCGCCCCUCGCGCUCCCCGGCCCCCGAGGGGGCCGCCUCGGGCCAUGGUGCCCUCCCAGGAGGAGCCCGCCGCCGCGCGGGGGACGAGCGAGGCGCAGCCGCCCGGCCCCGCACCCCCAGGGGCCGCUCCGCUGCCCGGCCCGGGACCCUUGGAUGGCCCGGAGGCGGCGGGGCCCGAGAAGGUGGAGGUAGAGCUGGCGGGGCCGGCGGGGCCGGCGGGCGCUGAGCCCCUUGAGCCCCCUGAGGGCGGCUGGGGUUGGCUGGUGAUGCUGGCGGCCAUGUGGUGCAACGGGUCGGUAUUCGGCAUCCAGAACGCCUGCGGGGUGCUCUUCGUGUCCAUGCUGAAGACCUUCGGGUCCAAGGACGAUGACAAGAUGGUCUUCAAGACAGCAUGGGUAAGUUCUCUCUCCAUGGGGAUGAUUUUCUUCUGCUGCCCAAUCGUCAGCGUCUUCACAGACGUGUUUGGUUGUCGGAGAACAGCUGUCGUGGGUGCUGCUGUUGGAUUUGUUGGACUCGUGUCAAGUUCUUUUGUAAGCUCCAUCGAGCCUCUGUACCUGACCUAUGGAAUCAUAUUUGCCUGUGGCUGCUCCUUUGCCUACCAGCCUUCAUUGGUCAUUUUGGGACACUAUUUCAAGAAGCGCCUUGGACUGGUGAAUGGCAUUGUCACCGCUGGCAGCAGUAUCUUCACAAUUUUGCUGCCUUUCCUUUUAAGGGUACUGACUGACAGCGUGGGCCUCUUUUAUACCCUGAGGGUCCUCUGCAUCUUCAUGUUUGUUCUCUUUCUGGCUGGCUUUACUUACCGACCUCUUGCUUCCAGUGCCAAAGAUAAAGACAGUGGAACCAAAGGAGGCAACAGAUUCUCCCUCUUUUCCAGGAGAAAGUUCAGUCCUCCAAAAAAAAUUUUCAAUUUUGCCAUCUUCAAGGUGACAGCAUAUGCAGUGUGGGCAGUUGGAAUACCACUUGCACUUUUUGGAUACUUCGUGCCUUAUGUUCACUUGAUGAAACAUGUGAAUGAAAGGUUUCAAGAUGAGAAAAAUAAAGAGGUGGUUCUCAUGUGCAUUGGCGUCACUUCAGGAGUUGGACGGCUGCUCUUUGGCCGGAUCGCAGAUUAUGUGCCUGGUGUGAAGAAAGUUUAUCUACAGGUCCUGUCCUUUUUCUUCAUUGGUCUGAUGUCCAUGAUGAUUCCCCUGUGCAGCGUCUUUGGGGCCCUCAUUGCUGUCUGUCUCAUCAUGGGUCUCUUCGAUGGAUGCUUCAUUUCCAUUAUGGCCCCCAUUGCCUUUGAGUUAGUUGGUGCCCAGGAUGUCUCACAAGCAAUUGGAUUUCUACUCGGAUUCAUGUCUAUACCCAUGACUGUGGGCCCACCCAUUGCAGGGUUACUCCGUGACAAGCUGGGCUCCUAUGAUGUGGCAUUCUACCUCGCUGGAAUCCCUCCCCUUAUUGGAGGUGCUGUCCUUUGUUUUAUCCCAUGGAUCCAUAGUAAGAAGCAAAGAGAGAUCAAUAAAACCACUGGAGGAGAAAAGAUGGAGAAAAUGUUGGAGAACCAGAACUCUCUGUUGUCAAGCUCAUCUGGAAUCUUUAAGAAGGAAUCUGACUCUGUUAUUUAAUGUCUUACAUACCUCCACCAGACUGGACUUGCUUUUAGAAGUUUAAGCAAGUUUUCCUUUUAUAUGAAUUGCAAAUUUCUUAUUUUUUUAAUCGCAUCCUAGGAAUAGCACAAUAAUCGGGAAAUAGAACCCUUAUUACUACAAGAACCAUUUUCUGCCACUGAAUAGCUGUCUAAUAUUUCCAUGAGUCUGAGACCGGAGACUCAGACUCAAUUUCAUGUACAAGAAAACCUGUCUGAAAGUCAAAUAUUAUGAGAGUAUGAAGCUAUCUCAGUAAAAAGUAACUUCAGAAGCUGUGAACGCUAUUUAGCUUAUACAAAUAUUUAAAAAUACCUCAAAGCUAUAUUGAAAGGGUUGCAGUUUGGUUAGGACUGGAAAUAUUGUUUGUCGUCUCACAUGGUGUUUUUAGUUUUGGUAUCUCUGUUUUAAUUUCUUCUGCUAUUUGGAAACAAAAUUUAAGCCUGGAUUCUAGAUAAUACCAGAUCUACUCAAAUCUCAAGUCUAUGUUAAAAUUGCUCGCCUGCUCUUAAAUAAGCUCUGAAAGUAAGUUAUUCUGACUUGCUCCAGUGUCAAGGGACCUUCUUGGAGCAGGUACUGACAAGGUGUUCAGAAUCAAUGUGUGAGAUGAACAGGAUCCUGUUCAUAAGGGCAGAACAGUUCAGAAAUCAGACAUUUCUUCCAUUUACAUUUUUCCCCUUUGGAUUUGCAGUGUGUUUUACUCAAGUAGCCAGAAACACCCCAGAUUUCUGAAUUUGUUUAAAUUGUAACAAUAAAGUAAAAUAGAAGAAUUGAAAGAUAUUCUGGCAUUUUAACUUAGAAUUUUUCUGACUUCUGAUUUGUUGCACU